GAGCCGGAGCUGGCACCGAGGGCUGAGCCAUGGACGAAGAAUACGAUGUGAUCGUGCUGGGGACCGGCCUCACCGAAUGCAUCUUGUCUGGCAUCAUGUCCGUGAAUGGCAAGAAGGUGCUGCACAUGGAUCGGAACCCCUACUACGGCGGGGAGAGCUCCUCCAUCACACCCCUGGAGGAGCUGUAUAAGCGUUUUCAGUUCCUGGAGGGGCCUCCUGAGUCGAUGGGCCGUGGCCGAGACUGGAAUGUUGACCUGAUUCCCAAAUUCCUCAUGGCCAAUGGCCAGCUGGUGAAAAUGCUGCUGUACACGGAGGUGACUCGCUACCUGGACUUUAAAGUGGUGGAAGGCAGCUUCGUCUAUAAGGCGGGCAAGAUCUACAAAGUGCCGUCCACUGAGACUGAGGCCUUGGCUUCCAAUCUGAUGGGCAUGUUUGAGAAACGGCGCUUCCGCAAGUUUCUCGUGUUUGUGGCCAACUUUGACGAGAACGACCCCAAGACCUUCGAAGGGGUUGACCCACAGACCACCAGCAUGCGCGAUGUCUACCGGAAGUUUGAUUUGGGCCAGGACGUCAUUGACUUCACCGGCCACGCCCUGGCGCUCUACCGCACUGAUGACUACCUGGACCAGCCCUGUCUGGAGACCAUCAACCGCAUCAAGCUGUACAGUGAAUCCCUGGCCCGGUAUGGGAAGAGCCCAUAUCUGUACCCUCUCUACGGCCUUGGUGAGCUGCCCCAGGGAUUUGCAAGGUUGAGUGCCAUCUAUGGCGGGACGUAUAUGCUGAACAAACCUGUGGAUGACAUCAUCAUGGAGAACGGCAAGGUGGUGGGUGUGAAGUCCGAGGGAGAGGUGGCCCGCUGUAAGCAGCUGAUUUGUGACCCAAGCUACAUCCCGGAGCGAGUGCGGAAGGCAGGCCAGGUGAUCCGUAUCAUCUGUAUCCUGAGCCACCCCAUCAGGAACACCAAUGAUGCCAACUCCUGCCAAAUCAUUAUUCCCCAAAACCAGGUCAACAGGAAGUCAGACAUCUACGUGUGCAUGAUCUCCUACGCUCACAACGUGGCCGCGCAGGGCAAGUACAUUGCUAUCGCCAGCACCACGGUGGAGACCUCGGAGCCUGAGAAGGAGAUAGAGCCGGCCCUGGAGCUACUGGAGCCCAUCGAUCAGAAGUUUGUGGCCAUCAGUGACUUGUACGAGCCCAUUGACGAUGGCUCCGAGAGCCAGGUGUUCUGUUCCUGCUCUUACGAUGCUACUACCCACUUUGAGACCACCUGCAAUGACAUCAAAGACAUCUACAAACGCAUGGUAGGCUCGGCCUUCGACUUUGAGAACAUGAAGCGUAAACAGAACGAUGUCUUUGGCGAAGCUGACCAGUGAUUGCCGCCCGCCCGCCCGCCCCAGCCCUGGUGCCC